AUGGAGCACCAAAACCACAUUGUUUCCUUGGUGUUCUUGGUUGCCAUGCUCUGUGUUUGUUUCAUGGUUGAUUUUGUGCAAGCGUCUAUUUUAGUAACAKCRGAAAAAGGUKUAACUGAGGAAAAGUAUACCAAACUACGCUCUACGAAAACCAUGACGAGUACGGCCAUCAAAGAUGCAUCCAGUCGAAAGAGAAGAUCUAUCCAGGAGCAAGGUGAUACUGGGCAGGUUGAUGUAUGUGCAGACAUCAUAGGGCCARAAUGGAAGAUUAAGAAGCAAGGAAAAGGUCCAUGCCCAACAUUAGUUGUGUGGGUGCCAAAGAAAACCGGCUUCACCGAGUUUGUUAAAGUCAACRAACAAUUAAAAGUGGAAGGUGGAUUCUCCGUAGCCGUAUUCUGUCAUGCAUUACAAUUAUUACCUUUCAACAUCAAGCCUAUCUUCAAAACUUUCAUCAAUGAUAAAGGGGAAAGUGGCACCUAUGAUCAACUUCUACACCACAUUGAGGGCAAGACUUGUMACGCUGUGGCAGGAGAUGUUACCGUGCGUGGUGCUCGAGCUCAGUACGUUGAUUUUACGAUCCCCUAUCUGAGCUCUGAAGUUUAUAUGCUUGUGCAUGCUACACAUGAAUGGAACCAAACCCUGUGGACUUUUGUAAGACCYUUUACCAAGAGAUUAUGGAUCACACUACUUGCAACCCAAAAUUCACAUCCCCAUUCUAUCAGAAACUAA